GAAGUAAUAAAAAAUAAAAAAAAAAAAAACUCAAUUACUUCCGAAUCAUACAAAAGAUACUUAAUAAAGAAAACAAAAAAAAAAAAGGUAAAGCACAUUGCUUCGAGGAAAUUAAGGUGGAUAAUAUUCCUUUCAUUUCUGUGUCAAAGAUAUUGUAGAGAGAAUUAGAAAACAAGCAGGAAUAAUAUGGGGUCGAAGUUUUGUUAUAGAUCAUUAUGCAUGCAUGCGCUUGCAUAAUCAAUUAACACAGAAAAUUCAGAGAGGAUAGAGAAGAAGAGGGGGAUAUACAUUCUGCAAUGUGGGGAUCAAAAACGGGUGCAGCAAAGAAAGGAAAUGACCACGGGCUGGUGGCAGUGGCAAUAGACAGGGACAAAGGCAGCCAAUACGCCAUCAGAUGGGCCAUUGACAACCUUCUUGGUCGAGGCAAACCGGUCCUCCUGAUUCACGUAGCCAAUGGCUCCUCUAUUGCAGCGGGUAGUUCUGCCAUUGUAUCAACAUCAAGUCCAGGCACAUCACCAAAUUAUAAUCAAGUCGACAAGAACACAAAGGACCUGUUCCUCACAUUUCGCUGCUUCUGUACUCGCAAGGAUAUACGCUGCAUAGAUAUCACACUGAAAGAUAACGAUGUAGGGAGAGCUCUGAUAGAAUACGCCAAUUACGCUGCAAUUGAGAAUUUGGUUCUUGGUGUUUCAAGAGGUGGAUUCAUCAGAAAAUUCAAGAGUGCAGAUGUACCAACUAUUGUUUCAAGAGGAGCACCUGAUUUCUGCACUGUAUAUGUAAUCAACAAGCAAAAGAUGUCAAGUGCACGCAAUGCUUCACGACCAGUUCCACACACGUCUCCUCUUCAGUACUACUUAGAAAGCAUAGUCAAAGAUAAACCAAAUCUUUCCCCACCUGUUUCGACACCACCAAGACGUAGUCUAAGCAUUAGAGGAGAGAGGCCUUCAUUCACACCUCCAAGAGAUGACAGGGAGUUAAGGUUAGAUAGAUGGAAUGAAAGGCUGGUGUUAAGUGAAUUUCCAGAAAGUGAUACAGAUAUAUCAUUUGUGAGCUCUGAGAGAACUAGUGUUGAUCGUUUUUCUGUGCAUUAUGACUACAUGGAUAUAUCACGAACCCCAAGGCUUUCCACUAGUUCAGACCAUAGUUUUGGGUCUCGGGGAGGACAAAGGAUGAAUGAUAUUAAUCCAAGGCCUGAACUUUCAUUUAUGUCACAAGAAAGUGGAUGGACUUCAACUUCUUCACAGCAUAGUGAAGAAACAGAAUCAGAGAUGAGAAGAUUAAAGCUUGAGCUCAAGCAAACCAUGCAGAUGUACGGUGAAGCCUGCAAAGAAGCAGUUUUUGCAAAAAAGAGAGAAGAACAACAAGCAAUGGAGCUCCACCGGUGGAGACUAGAAGAAGACAAAAAAUUGGAAGAAACAGGAACACCUGAGGAAGUUGCAAUAGUGCUUGCUGAGAGAAAUAGAGCAGAAAGGGCUGCGGCACUGAAGGAAGAAAGAAAAAAUAGUUCAGGUAACACAGAGUAUACACCAACCCAUAGUGCCAUAAGCUACAAGAAGUACACCAUUGAAGAUAUAGAAAAAGCAACGAACUCUUUCUCUCCAUCUCUCAAAGUGGGAGAAGGAGGCUAUGGGCCCGUCUUUAAGUGUGACCUUGAUCAUACAAAAGUUGCAGUGAAAGUUUUACGGCCAGAUGCUGCUCAAGGAAGAACACAGUUCCAACAAGAGGUUGAAGUACUGAGCUGCAUCAGGCAUCCCAACAUGGUUCUUCUCCUAGGAGCAUGCCCAGAAUAUGGUUGCAUAGUUUAUGAAUACAUGGCAAAUGGUAGUUUAGAUGAUUGUCUGUUUCGUCGAGGAAAAAUGCAACCUCUAACUUGGCAAAUUAGGUUCCGAAUUGCAGCAGACAUUGCGACAGGACUUAAUUUCCUCCAUAUGACAAAGCCAGAACCGCUAGUUCAUCGUGACCUUAAACCUGGGAAUAUACUUUUGGAUCGGUAUUACGUCGCCAAGAUUGGAGAUGUUGGAUUGGCGAGACUGGUACCUUCUGUUGCCGAUCAAGCAACACAAUAUUGCGUGACGUCAGCUGCCGGGACUUUCUGUUACAUCGAUCCAGAGUAUCAACAAACUGGUGUGCUUGGUGUUAAAUCUGAUAUCUAUUCAUUGGGGAUAGUGCUUCUCCAACUGCUAACUGCAAGGCCACCCAUGGGUUUGACUCACCAAGUGGAACAUUUUAUUGAAAAUGAAACAUUUGCUAACAUACUGGAUCAAUCGGUACCUGAUUGGCCAGUGGAGGAAGCCUUACGCCUGGCAAAGAUAGCUAUUCAAUGCGCUGAGCUAAGAAGGAGAGACCGACCAGAUCUCGGAAAAGACGUCUUGCCAGAGCUUGAGAAGUUGAGAGACUUUGCUGAUGAAAGAUCACAUCCUUUUAUGUUCUAUGCUGCACCUUCCCCUGCCCACAGCCAGACAUCUAUAUACCAGAGUGAUGCCUCUAAUUCAGUUCCAAGCAGCUCAAAGGCCCCCUCACCCACAAUGUCACCAAGAGCAAACGCAGAUGGGGCAGAUUGAAGAACGGGGCUGGCUUGCAAUUAUUGUGGACCAGAGGAGAUAUCCUACCCAGAGAGUUUAGCCAACUAAUCCAAUACAACAAGAGUAAGCAAUCAAAAUAGUCAUUUGCUGAAGCCGUUGACGAGCAUAACAAAAGAGAAAGGGGAAACAUAGAUUUAGAAGAAAAAAAUGAAAGGCGAAGGGGAGAGGGAGAGGGAGAGGGAAUAAAUAAAGGAAUGAUUCUAAUGUCCUAAGAGAGCUUAAUACUUGCUACAAAGUGAAAGCAACUCUGGAAAAAUAAUGCAAGGCAAUGAAACAAUGAUCUAGAUUAGUUAUU